AUGCACAUCCAGUCGAUACCCAUGUGGGUGGGAAGUAGUAACAACUACGCAUACCUCGUCACCGACGAUAAGACCAAAGAUGCCGUUAUCAUUGACCCGGCGCACCCUGAGGAGGUCGCUCCAGUCUUGAAGCAGGCAAUCACGGAUGGCAAGGUCAACCUGACGGCUAUUGUCAACACUCACCAUCACUGGGAUCAUGCAGGUGGGAACAAGCAGAUGCUUGCGGAGCUCGGCACGCCGAAGCUCCCCAUCAUCGGCGGCCGAGAGUGCGAUGGUGUGACCCAAACACCGAUCAAUGGAGGUAGUUUCAAGCUGGGCAGCAUUGAAGUACAGAGCCUCUACACGCCCUGCCACACUCAAGACAGCAUCUGCUGGUUUAUGAAGGAUGGUGACGAGAAGGUUGUCUUCACGGGAGAUACAUUAUUUCAUGGUGGUUGCGGCAAGUUUUUCGAGGGCAGCGCGGCCGAGAUGCACAAGGCACUCAACACGACGCUCGCUGCGUUGCCGAAUGAUACCAAGGUCUAUCCUGGCCACGAGUACACCGCGUCGAAUGUGAAGUUCGGCGUUUCGGUGCUGCAGAAUGAGGCUAUCAAGAAGCUGCAAUCCUACGCAAAGGAGAAUAAAGAGACACAGGGCAAGUUUACAAUUGGAGAUGAGAAGGAACACAACGUAUUCAUGCGUGUUGAGGACCCGGAGAUACAGAAGGCGACUGGCAAGACCGACCCCGUGGAGGUCAUGGCUAAGCUUCGUGAAAUGAAGAACAACUUCAAGUGA